AUGGACAGAUCUGCCAAUGGGCUGAUGAAAGAACCAAUGCUGAAUGAAAGUGAUAAGCUACAGAUCAUUCUUGUGGCCAAUGCAAUUCUUUUUGUCAGUGUAAAUUUGUAUGGUGUCUUUGUGAGGAUUUUGACAGAAAGGGCUCAGAGGAAGGCGUUCCUUCAGGCCAGGAACUGCAUUGAGGACAGGCUGAGGCUGGAGGAUGAAAAUGAAAAACAGGAACGUCUCUUGAUGAGUCUUUUGCCCAGGAAUGUUGCAAUGGAAAUGAAGGAAGAUUUCCUGAAGCCUCCUGAAAGGAUUUUCCACAAGAUUUACAUUCAAAGGCAUGACAAUGUUAGCAUUUUGUUUGCAGACAUUGUGGGCUUCACUAGUUUGGCAUCACAGUGUACUGCCCAAGAGCUGGUGAAGCUGCUGAAUGAGCUCUUUGGCAAAUUUGAUGAACUAGCCACAGAAAACCACUGCAGAAGAAUAAAAAUCCUAGGGGACUGUUACUACUGUGUAUCAGGAUUGACCCAGCCCAAAACAGAUCAUGCUCAUUGCUGUGUUGAAAUGGGACUGGAUAUGAUUGACACCAUCACAUCUGUUGCAGAAGCCACAGAGGUUGAUCUCAACAUGAGAGUUGGACUGCAUACAGGCAGGGUGCUUUGUGGAGUCCUGGGUCUCCGAAAAUGGCAAUAUGAUGUCUGGUCAAAUGAUGUGACUUUAGCUAAUGUAAUGGAAGCUGGAGGACUGCCUGGGAAAGUUCACAUUACAAAGACCACCUUAGAGUGCCUAAAUGGGGACUACGAGGUAGAACCAGGAUAUGGUCAUGAAAGGAAUAGUUUCUUGAAAAAGCAUAAUAUUGAAACAUAUUUUAUUGUGCCAUCCCAUCGUAGGAAGAUAUUUCCUGGACUAAUUCUCUCAGACAUUAAGCCUGCCAAAAGAAUGAAGUUCAAGACAGUCUGCUACCUGCUUGUUCAGCUCAUGCACUGUCGUAAGAUGUUCAAAGCGGAGAUCCCUUUCUCCAAUGUUAUGACGUGUGAAGAUGAUGAUAAGAGGAGAGCAUUAAGGACAGCCUCUGAAAAACUCAGGAAUCGUUCCUCUUUUUCUACCAAUGUUGUAUACAACACUCCAGGAACUCGAGUAAACAGAUACAUCAGCCGUUUGAUAGAGGCCCGGCAAACUGAGUCUGAGAUGGCUGACUUGAACUUCAUUACCCUGAAGUAUAAGCAAAUUGAGCGUGAAAAUAAAUACCACCAGCUUCAGGAUGAGUACUUCACCAGUGCUGUAGUUCUCUCACUAAUUCUAGCUGCCUUAUUUGGCCUUGUCUACCUUCUAAUAAUACCACAGAGUACCGUAGUUCUUGUUCUCCUGGUGUUCUGCAUAUGCUUCCUAGUGGCUUGUAUUAUGUACCUACAUGUCACACGAGUACAAAGCAUAGCAGUUUAUGGUCGUACACUGCCUGGAAUAAGUGGAGUACCACAGGAGUUUAUCCUGGGACCUGUCCCGUUAAACAUUUUUAUCAAUGACCUGGAGAAGGACAUGGAGUAUACUCAUGUCAAGUUUUCAGGUGACUCCAAUUUCAGG